UGUUUAGCAAUUAAACAGAUGGAACCAAAUUCACAUGUUGUUUCUGGCGACAAAACAAGCAACAAGUAAUUUAUUUCAUCUAGUCGAAGUAGUCGCAAAUUCAAACAAUUAAGUCGUUUAGCAUACGCAGAACAGCAAAUGCGAGGGCCAAUGGGGCAAUAAUUCUGUGCCAGACGAUAGUCACAUAAUCAUGUCCAGCGAUAUGAAACCUUUCAGCUCGAGUUUAAAGCUAUCCGUAGCAGACGAAGACCCCAGCGAAGAUUCAUGCGGGGUGAUGUCAACGAUACAAUUGAUCGAGAAGUGUUCGAAGAAAUUGAAAGAAGCCGAAGCAACAAGAGAUACCGACACGUCCAAAUACGAAUGGCAAUUUUCCAGUGUAGACAGAGACAUCAAGAGAGAAUCGAUAUUUCUUCAUGUGGAUAGGAAGUCGAAGACUUUCUUCCUACCCUACAUCGUCGUCUUCGGACUGUUUUUGAUGGCUGCGUUGACGUCUGUAAUAUUCGGUUCGUGUUACUUUUCACAUUGCGCUUAUCUGCCCGAAGACGUGAAGCAAUCGCCGCUAAAAAUACUUGUGACAACUUUUUACAACGCCCUGGUUGACAUUUAUCUCGAACCAGUGGAGGUGGGAACCAAAUUGUAAUCGCGUGUACUCCACUCCUUAGGAAGGAAGUAUUAGUACACUCAUUUUGUACACAUUCUCCAGAAAAUUGAUAUCCUGUAACGCUAUCAUUGUGAACUUGUGUGACAAUAAAAAAAUCGUAAAGUA